AUGUUUAGUGUUGCUGUGUGUGUGAGAGCAGAGAGAGAGAGAGAACAAGAGAGACAGACUGACAGACAUUUAAAACACUGGACGAACUCUUCGUCUUUUGACCUACAGCAUUCUUUAACAAUGGCGAAAAGGGACUUCAGUGAGAUCUCAGACACGUGCAGCUGGGAGUCGCCAGAUUACGAGCCAUGGUUUCCUGUGUCGGAGAAGUCCAACCCCCUGACUCGUGACAUCGACAAGGCCUCGCCCAAUCAUAUUGUCCGUCUGCUGGCAGCCUGCGACGCACAGAUGUUCCAAACGGACACAGGAACCAUCUACCAGAGGCUGUUCAGUGACAGUGUGGUGAGGACCAUGCUGGAGGUGGCCAGGACGGUGGAGCAAAUUCUCAGGGACCCAGAGGAUAGUCUGAUUGUGUUGAGUGGUUGUGGAACCUCUGGUCGCCUGGCCUUCCUAAUAGCGUCACGUUUUAACAGAUCCCUGAGAGACAGGCAGCAGACAACUGUUUACUCUUACAUCAUUGCUGGGGGAGACAGAGCCCUGCUCACAUCCCAGGAGGCAUCAGAGGAUGACCCCAAACUAGGCAUACUCACACUGGAGAAGCUAUGUGAAGGAAAGAGGCAUGUCCUGUUCAUCGGCAUUUCCUGUGGCCUGUCUGCUCCAUUUGUAGCAGGACAGCUGGACUUUUGUCUGAAACACCCUGACAUCUACACUCCUGUACUGGUGGGAUUCAACCCCGUCACACAGGCCAGGGAGGAGACCAUGCCAGGCUACAGUCUGACCUUCAGGGAAGUGGUCCAGAGGAUGGAGGAGCAGAGAGGUCAAAGGGCAUUCAUCAUCAACCCAGCAGUUGGGCCCGAGGCCAUCAGUGGUUCCUCCAGAAUGAAGGGGGGCAGUGCCACCAAGAUCCUACUGGAGUCCGUCCUGGCAGCCGCACACACAGCUGCCUUUACCAACACACACGUCACACGCAGAGUUCUCCUGGACAUGAUGAGAGGAUAUGAGAGAGUCUACAGUGUCACCUACAGUCACAGUGAUCAGAUAGCAACACUGCUACAGACCGCAGGACUCAGCUUGCAGUGUGGUGGGCGUGUUUGUUACCUGUCCUGGGGGUCUCUAGGUUUAGUGGGACUCAUCGAUGCCAGCGAGUGUAUCCCGACAUUCGGAGCAGACUAUGAGGACAUCCGAGGCUUCACCAGUGGAGGAUACCAGGACAUGGACAACAUAGAGGGAGACCUCACAUCGCUGGGAUCCCAGUUCUGUGUAGCCCAUGAGGACUUUGUGAGUCUGGUUCUGCCUACUUUAAGUGACAGAGACACCGUCCUACUGCUGUACACAUGUCAUGAUGACGUUGGUGAAGUAGAGAAGAUGGCCCACAGAGUGAGAGAGAAGACCUCCAACCUCCACUCUCUCUAUCACGGACUAGAGGGAGACUCCGCUGCUGACAGCAUUGCUCUCCUGUGUUCAUCUGUCCUCAACAUAACCUGGCCCUCCUCCUCUACUGUCCACAUGCAGUGGGAGCUGUCCAGUAAGUUGGUGCUGAAUGCUGUGAGUACAGGAAGUCACGUUUUAAAGGGAAAGAUCUACAGGAACCACAUGGUAGACCUACAGGUCACCAACAGCAAACUGUACCACAGGGCUAUACACAUAUUGCAGAAGUUGUCAGAUGUCUCCCUGACCCAGUGUGAGGAGGCACUAUUGAAGGCCAUCUAUAAUGUGGAACAACUACCAGAGGACAUCACCUCAGCUGGGGUCACCACACACACACUCACCGCCAGCCGCAGGAAAAGGGUGGUCCCGCUGGCGUUGGUCUGUCUGCUGAUUGGCUGCUCUCUCUCUGAGGCAGAGUCUCGUCUGGAGUCCCACCCAGUGGUGCGUGACGCUGUAGAGGCGUGUCUGACAUCAUCACAACAUCUGACAUCAUCACCAGGAGACCAGACCUCCACAAACCAAUGACUUCCUAUAGUUGGAAACCUUUAUGAUACUGUAGUAUUAUACUAUACUUUCAUUAACUAUAAUUUAAGAAUAUGUUUUGAUAAGAUCAGUUCGUAACCUCUAUAGGAAUCUGGUGGAUGUAACCUUAAUCAUUUAUUAAUCAUUUAUUAACAUAACAAACACUACAUAGUAUGAUGAACCUUCGGAAAGUAUUCAGACCCACUGACAUUUUUCACAUUUUGUUACGUUACAGACUUAUUCUAAAAUGGAUUAAAAAAAAGAAGUAAAAUCAGCAAUCUGUACACAUAAUGAUGGUGAAAACAGGUUGGUAGAAUGUUUGCAAAUGUAUUAAAAAUAAAAAACAGAAAUAGCUUAUUUA